AUGGGUGUUCAGAGUAGUGGAAAAUCAACUCUUCUCAAUUUAAUGUUUGGUACUCGUUUACGAGCAAGUGCUGGCAUGUGCACUAGAGGAGUUAACAUUCAAUUGUUAAAAGCUGAAGAUCGUUCUGAAUACGACUAUGUUGUUAUUCUUGAUAGCGAAGGAGUACGAGCGCCUGAGUUCAGUGGUUCGGAAGGCGCCACCUGGCGUGACAAUCGUUUAGCGACUUUUAGUAUUCUACCUGCCGAUGCUACAAUUAUAAUGAUUAAUAAUGAAGAAGAUACUGCUGCUCGAGAAGUUUUGCCCAUUGUCAUGCUUGCUUAUCAACAAAGUGAAUUGGCCGCCAAAUCAACAAAUCAAUUGAAAACAAAAUUAUUUUUCGUCUACACACGUAUUGACACGAAUGAGAAGAAAAGUAUACCUGCAACGUUGCCAUAUGAUUAUCUUCGUCCAGAAAAUAUCAACUCCCUAAUUAAGUUGAUUCGUGAUGAACUCGUCGAUCGAUUCGCCCGUGGUGGAGUUACGCUACGAUGUUCUGAACCGUGUCCUUUAUGUGGCUCUCCUUGUCGAGCAGCAGCUGGUCAUACAACGGAUCCAUCUGAGGAUAAACGGCGUCAUGAUUGUGACUAUCAACCAAGUGGUCUUUUCGGAACCUAUGAUUAUAAUACGAGACAACUUGUUUCAGACUCUUGCUCUACUAAUAUUCUUGGAAACUACACCUUUCCAUUUACUAGUAUACGCGAUCAGCGGCCAUAUUCCCAAUUUGGAAUUUGUUUUCCGACAUGGAAACAGCCACCCCCGUUAACAACAAAUGCAAAUGAAGUUGGCCAAUAUAUCUUUUAUCAUUAUCAAAACGAGCUAGCUCAAUAUCAUAAAUGUGAACCUUGUACUAAUGUUCCGUCAUCAUUUAAUCGAUCUUUAGAUGAACUGGAACAAAAGCAAAAGAAUGUUAUUGCUGGCAUAACAUCUGAAUGA